CACACUUGUGCGCAACGCUGUCAAAUCGAGCGAUGAGCAGCAUCCUACCCGCCCUCAUUGCCAUAACAACCGAUGGCACAAUCAGCAUGGUUAGAUUAAAUAAUGCUCCUCGCAUUACGCACCACACGGCUCAACAGGGGACUUAAUUAAAACAGAAUACUUUUUUGGGAAGAGAGAGACAAGGCGAUCGCGCAAAGGUGACACGUAGCCCCAAACAAUUUACGUCAAGAUCAUCUAGACCAGCUGAACCCUGCAGGUGCAACCCCAGACGGCGAACGCUCGUUGUCGGUCAAACGGAACGCUGUAGACAGAAAAAUAAGCGAAGAAAACAGGAGACCUGUUUUUUAGAGAGCUGCGGAGAUAUUUCUACAGCGGGAAAACCACGAGGUCGAAAAGGUUUUCUACCUAGCUCGUUUUAUGCGCGUGGGUCUGCUCCUCACGAGCAGGAAGUGUAACUUGAAGCGUGGGAAAGCUGCGUUAUCUCGGGGGGCUGCUGAGACUCACUGGCAUCGUUUGCUCCGGUUUUCCCCUGUUCCACCAUGGAUCGGGAGAAUGGAGAGUCCGGGAAAGGGACGUGGAAAAGGCAAGUCGACGACAUCAAGAAAAUAUUUGAAUUGAAAGAGAUCCUCGGAACCGGGGCAUUCUCUGAGGUGGUGUUGGCCCAGGAGAGGUCUACGGGGAAGAUGUUUGCUGUGAAGUGUAUCCCCAAGAAGGCCCUGAAGGGGAAAGAGAGCAGCAUCGAGAACGAGAUCACCGUGCUCCGCAAAAUCAAGCAUGAGAACAUAGUGGCUUUGGAGGACAUCUAUGAGAGUUCCAACCACCUCUACCUGAUCAUGCAGCUAGUCUCGGGAGGUGAGUUGUUUGACCGUAUCGUGGAGAAGGGGUUCUACACAGAGAAAGAUGCCAGUACUCUCAUCAGACAGGUGCUAGACGCUGUCGACUACCUCCACAAGUUGGGCAUCGUCCACAGAGACCUGAAGCCAGAGAACCUGCUGUAUUUUAACCCCCAGGACGAGUCUAAGAUCAUGAUCAGUGACUUUGGUCUGUCCAAGAUGGAGGGCAGCGGGGAUGUCAUGUCAACCGCGUGUGGAACGCCGGGAUACGUGGCUCCAGAGGUUCUUGCUCAGAAGCCCUACAGUAAGGCAGUGGACUGCUGGUCCAUCGGAGUCAUUGCAUACAUCCUGUUGUGCGGCUAUCCUCCAUUCUACGAUGAGAAUGACUCCAAGCUCUUUGAGCAGAUCCUCAAAGCAGACUAUGAGUUUGACGCGCCAUACUGGGACGACAUAUCUGAUUCAGCCAAAGACUUUAUCGGCAGUCUGAUGGAGAAAGACCCGGCGAAGCGCUUCACCUGUGACCAGGCCCUCAGACACCCAUGGAUCGCUGGGGACACGGCCCUCUGCAAGAACAUCCACGAGUCUGUGAGCAGGCAGAUCAGGAAAAACUUUGCCAAGAGCAAAUGGAGGCAAGCCUUCAAUGCCACUGCAGUGGUGCGACACAUGAGGAGACUGCAGUUGAGCAGCAGUAUGGGCCAGAGCAUGGACAGCUCUCACCCUCACCCUCCUAACAGCCGGGCCGCACAGAUGCAGAACCAACGGAACCAGGCCAACCAGAACCAGGCCAACCAGACUCCCAACCAGACCCCUAGCCAGAGCUCUACUCAACCCUCUCUGAGUCCAAGCCAGACUCGGAGCCAGAACCCUAAUGCAGCCAUUAUGAAGAGCUUUUCUGUGGACUCACCUCACAAGGACUGUGUCCCAGCCACUCCCACCCCCUGCAGCCUGGCGUCUGCAGCCUCCUCUGUCCCUUCCGGGGGGGCGGAGCUCACCCGGCCCCACCCAUCCACUGUUGCCACGGUACUAACAGAGACUAAGUGACGCCAGGUCCCGCGGGGGACCAGCUGGGAGGCUACGGCGCUGUGAGAGAGAGAGGGGCGAAAACCGCACCCUCCCCUUCCUUACCGUGCCCCUACUACCCAUACCCAGCCUGCCCCCCGCCCUGCCCCUCCCCCACGCUGCAUCUGGGAGGACUGGGAGAGCAGAGGACUCUAAACCCAUUGCACCAAUCACAACACGCCAUACUCACCUUGGACACGCCCAUUGUGUCGACUCUGUGGAACCACACCCACUCCGAGAGCAUUAUUAAUUGGUUUACCUUUUGAGUGUUUGUUUCUGUCCGAAACCAUGAUGAGUGAAGUGGGUGUGUUUUCAGAAGCUGCCGUCGGAUUGGGCGUAGUCUACGUCAGUCAAACUCAAUUUCCCUGUAGUCUUUCCGGCAUCUUUUAGAAGGUCCUACUUGUGAGUUUUUAAAGUCUGUUUAUUUUCUUUAAUUCAUCCUCUGGGUUAACAGUUACCAACUGGAUCAUUUUUCAUUUGUGUUUUGUUGCGCUUUUUUUUCCCAUGUUUAUGUUCGCGCCCGUGUUUAAGACGUGCUUUAAAAGUACCAUAAGACUGUUGAGUGAUGUUUCAUGAGUAAGCGCUUUAUCUAUUUGCAUGUUGAGGUUUGGACGCGGUUUCAGACCUAGAUAAUGUGUGUACAGCUACCAAGUUAGACUCUUCAUCUACGUGAAUUUAUCAGACAGAGAAUGGAGAUUGUAAACAGUUUUGAAAUACCCAAAAUGGGGUCAGAGCAUUGUACAACUUAUUUGUUAAGGGAAACAUGCACUAUGUUUCAUUAUUGUCUUACUUUAUAAGACUUUUAUAACGACCACCCUAUAUGGGACGCAUAAACAGUAUAUUAUAAAACACACUGCAGGUUUGGGAUCGAGUUGGAGAGUGCUGGACAGGGAUGUCCCCUGUUAAAGUUUUAACCAUCACCUGUUAGUUACCUGUGGGGUUUCCCAUCCUAAAGAUCAGGGGCUACAGGUGGGAAACCAAGCACUUCCAAAUGUGCCUCAGAAAAAGCCCAUGAAAAAGAGCAGCCAUCUCUGUAGUGUCGUGUAAGCAUGGGGAAACCUUGACCUACUGUAUCAGUUUCCCAGGAUCCAAGAUGGUGGAGCUGUUGUCUCUACCCCCAUCCCUUUUACAAAGCCAUGACCUCAUCACAAGAGCCAUCAUUGUGAUGACAUCAUCAACCGGCACCCAGUACACAAGUUCUCAGGGAUUUGGACUGGGUGCCGUGGUGACCCUUGUUGCUGUAGAAACCGGUCGCGAGCAUAGAUUUGUCAACACAGUUAGAUGCAAGUCCAACGAUCCCUUUAUGUCAUUGUAAUGUCUAGCCAAAGCACUGUUGAAACAGAGAAUAUGUGGACACUGAUUAUACCUGAUUAAACACUGAUGGUUAGCUAUGAGCUAGACCUACGACCCUGGCCGAUCCCCACUGAGAAAUGGAUUGUUUUGAAACGAAGGACUGAACUCUGAUAAUCUGGAGAAAGAUGACAGAAGACCAGAUGUUUUCUAUUUCUCUCCCCCUUGCCUUCUCCUUUUCUCUCUGUCCCACCCCUCCCCUCCCUCCCUCUCUUUUUCUUUCUAGUUUCUUUAAGACCAGUUCACUGUAUACUGUAGAAGUUUCACCCAACACUGGGACUGUUAUGCUCACGACACCAGGGUCCCCUAACCAGACUAUGGCCAGACACAGCCCUGCAUAUAGCCUGCAAAUAGCCUACAUAUAGAGGUCAAAGUGCAGUAUUAUUAUCUGGCUUCGUGGUCCUGGGUCAACCAUCAAGUGUGAUGUCAUGGACUGGAUUAUUUUAGGGGGUGGGUGGGCUUUACUUUAGGGCUCCGUUUUUGUUUGUUUAUUUAUUUAUUUUAAUCGAGGCAAGCAUGUAUUGUUUUCGGAUAUGAAUGGAUAUAUUUGUUGGAAACGUCUUGUGAAUAUGAAUGCUAAUUUGUAAGAUAACCUAUGCGAAUGUUGUGCAGUGCGGGCGGGCGGGCGUGUGUGUGUGUGUUUGUGUGUGGGGGGUUGAUUUGUAUUCUCUUUGGAAUGUUUAAUGUGUUUUAAAUUAGCUACAGCCCCCCACACCUCCAUCCCGCACCACACCAAGCUUUGAUACCACGAUAUUCAGAGCAUACCGUACUGAACUCAGUAACUGCCAUCUACGGCGUUACCAUGGAGACGACACCAUCAAUAUUCUAAACAAUAUCCAACUAAAGAAAAUACAAAUAAAAACCAUUUUAAAUUUAAAUGCAAACUCAGGCUUUAGUUUGCAAUGUGUAUAAACGUUGAAGCUUUGACUGAUACGACAUCCACUGUUAUGGAGCUGUGCGGUUUUUACACGUAUCUGACUAAGUCAUCGGUCGUCCACUUUACCCCCUUGCUCACUGACACUACGGCAACAGGCGCCCCAACACACCUAAACACAUGCCCAUGAUCAGCUGUCAUGAGGGAGAGAAAAAUCCCACAAUGCAUCGCAACGCUUUUUUCUGAAGAUGAAAUGCAAAGCAUGUUGAAAAGUGCUUAAAUAAAUCCAACUCCACAAGUGUUUGCAUUAACUUUUAUAUGCCAUUGUAUGAUGUCAGUAUCUGUAUCUAAAGAAGAUGAUCAAUGUGUCCAUAGAGAGCAGAGUAUUGUUGGGGACCACUGCAUCUCCCUGUGGGUUCCUGUGAAGUCCAGAGCUCGGGGAAUGGGCCAUAUUUACGCUGCAUGUGACCAAAACAAACCUCCAUCUUGUGUGGCGGUCUCUCACUAACGACUCCUGGUAGAUGUUCCCCUUAACCACAGAUCUAGGAUCAGAAAACUCUCCCUCAAUCUAAAGCUUAACCAUUAGAUACUAACUCAAACAUAAAUCUCGGAUCAGAAUAUCCUCCCUCAAUCUGAACCCUAACUAAUAGAUAUACUAACAACCAUAGAUCUAGGAUCAGCAUAUCCUCCUUUGAUCUGAACCUAAACCAUUAUGAGGAAGAGAAAAUAUCUGACCUUGUAUCAGUGGUAAGGGGCAACUUUCUUCCUACUUCGUUAAGCAGACACCACCUUCCAUUUUGUGUGGCAGAGUGAGUUGCCCUGCCACUCUUACUGUGCUGUGAUCACCUUCUGUUAUGGGGCUUGUAUAUCCGAUGCCUUCGACAAUCAUGUGCACAUAUCAGUUACCAUGACGACGACAGAGGCCAGAAUGACUGAUUUAGUUUUUUUCUCUCCUGAAAUAAAUCCUGAACAAUCAUAAA